GAUUAAAAAGCAAAAAGUCGCUAUUUUGGGCUUUGCUAUUAGCUGGGUAACCUUAGUUCUUAGCCUAUCUGCGAUCAGUUGGUUCUUAAUGGGAAAAAUCACAGGGCUAAAAUAUACAGUGCCUUUCACUUUCAACAUCGAAUAAAGGGGUUACAAUUACCUAGCAUUCUCUAUAGCACUCUUCCUUUUUAAAAAUUUGUAGUUAAUGGCUGAACUUUACAAUUACUUAGAUAAAAGAGGACUGGGAUAAUGGAGUUUUGCAAACUUCUGAUGGAAAUUCUAAAAACGAUUAUUAUCUUUAAUAGCUAGCGUUGGAAUUCUUUCAACAAGUGAUUAUUUCCCUUUAGUCAUACAUUGUUAUCCCCCCUUCCCAUCCCACAAAACAAACUGAAAAGCACAAAAUAAGUGAGAAAAAAAAUCAGUCCAAUUCUAAUAUUUAGGUAAAUUCACUUUCCAAUUUUUGUUUAAAUGCAUACAGUUGUACGUAUUGCUUUGUAAUAUGUUUUGUUUCUCUUUGGACAUAUAUUUCUUAUGAGGAUUUUCCCAUGUAAUAACAUAUUCUUAGGUUGCUUCUAAACAACUUCUUUCAUUCUUUUCCUUCUUUCUAGGAUACAGGGGCCGAGGAGGCCGAAUCUUAGAGCGAUGCUGGGUGUUCUGGUGAUAGAAAUAAUAUGAUUAAGUUUUAGGGUGAGAGAGAGUGGUGGGGGCGGGAAAGAUGCUUUGGGAGAGAAUAAAAGAAGCAAGCUCCCCAGAAGACCUGAAAUUUCCGACUAGAAGAUUUGUAUGUAGUUUUUAGUAAACUUCAGCAGGGGGCGCUCGGAAAUUGUCGCCAGUUUCAGAACAACCUCCCAGACUUUACUCUCUAGAAAACUGUACAGUGUUUCCGGCUCUUCUCAGUUACAGUGGCUCGUUAAGUUUUCGGAGAAGCUCGGGGACUCUGGGUCUCGCUUUCCCGGUUCCAACGCCGCCAGUGCGGCGGUGCAGGGUCUGGGCUGGUUAUGGCGUCCCCUUCUCGGAGACUGCAGACUAAACCAGUCAUUACUUGUCUCAAGAGCCUUCUCUUGAUCUACACCUUCAUCUUUUGGAUCACUGGCAUAAUCCUUCUUGCUGUGGGCAUUUGGGGCAAGGUGAGCCUGGGAAAUUAUUUUUCCCUUUUAAAUGAGAAGGCCACCAACGUCCCCUUUGUGCUCAUUGCCACCGGCACUGUCAUUAUUCUUUUGGGCACCUUUGGUUGUUUUGCUACCUGCCAAGCUUCUGCAUGGAUGCUAAAACUGUAUGCAAUGUUUCUGAUUCUCAUUUUUUUGGUUGAACUGGUUGCUGCCAUUGUAGGAUUUAUUUUCAGACAUGAGAUUAAGAACAGCUUUAAGAAUAAUUAUGAGAAGGCUUUGAAACAGUAUAACUCUACAGGAGAUUAUAGAAGCGAAGCAGUAGACAAGAUCCAAAAUAUGUUGCAUUGUUGCGGUGUCACUGAUUAUAGAAAUUGGGAAGAUACUAAUUAUUACUCAGAAGCAGGAUUUCCCAAGAGUUGUUGUAAACUUGAAGAUUGUUCACCACAGAGAGAUGCAGAUAAAAUCAACCAUGAAGGUUGUUUUUUAAAGGUGAUGGCCAUUAUUGAGUCAGAAAUGGGAGUUGUUGCAGGAAUUUCCUUUGGAGUUGCUUGCUUCCAGCUAAUUGGAAUCUUUCUAGCCUACUGCCUCUCUCAUGCCAUAACAAAUAACCAGUAUGAGAUAGUGUAACCAGCAUAUACACAGGCUUAUUCCUCUCCAACUUUAAGGAAUCAAACUCAGGACCUUGAGCUUGCCAGGCAGGUGCAGCAGCACUGAGCUACAUCCCCGGCCCUUAAAUUAACUUUUUUUCUUCAAUUUUAGGAUACCUAGAUUUCCCUUUUUGAAAUCUAAGAUCACUUGGAUGGAAGACUGGUGAUAUUAAUUACCAGUAAGCUAAAAAACUAUAGCAAUAGACAUUUAAUCAAUAUAUUUGUUUAGUACAUUCUAAGUCCACCUCUGUCCCAUUCAUUUUAUGUCAUUGAAACCUUGUAUCCUUCUGAAACACUGGAAGAGCUAAUAAUCUGUAAAUGAAGUAAUACUAUUUCUCUUGAAUUUCAUUUUUCUCACUGUGGAGCUUUUGAAAGGCACUGUAAAUUUGCUAUUUUGAUAUAGUGUUGGUAGAAACUUAACUCCUCUGCUGAAUUUGCUAUUGAUUUGAUGUGAUAGAAAAUUGAUCUCUUUGAACUGGCCCCUUCCCAACCAAGAUUAUUUGGUUUAAUUGUGUAAUUUGUACCAAGAAAAUAAAAUGUUCUAUUAGUCUCUGUUCUCCUGACAGGCAGAAUCACACUGUGUAAUUUAAUUCCAACUAGUCAUUGGUGGUACCUUGUGCUUGCGAGGCAGGCGGGGGAACCACUGAACUAAAUCACCAGCCCUCAACAACUAGUCAUUGGAUAGAACCUAUCAUUGGAGUUCCUGGGGGUGGUAACAGUCUAAGGCAGUGGUGGUGAACCUAUGGCACACAUUUUGUAGCCAGCCGGUGGUUAUCAUUGAAAGUUCUGAAAAGUUCACCAUCACCGGUCUAGGACCUUGGGUCUAAAGCACUGAGAGUAAAAAGCACUAUCCGUAUUCUGUGAUAAAUAGGUUUUAGCACAAUUUACAUUUCCUUGCCUCAAUAUUAAAGCAUCUAUACUGAUACUAUAUUUAUACUUUCCUGAUGGUUUGGAAGGUUCUAAUUUUUGCCUUAAUGGUGCCAGAAUUAUUAUAUUUUCCUUAGGAAUUUAGUGGAACUUCAUUAACUUUAGCUAGAAUUUCCUUAACAGGUUGAUAUCACUUGUUAAUAUUAUGGUCAACUUUAAUAGUCUUCAUUUUGAUUUGUGACUUUGAUUAGUAAAUAUAAAUCUGUUACACAAUAAAUAUUGUUUUCCUGUAAAAGAAUUGUGUUUUCUUCUAAAAAAUCUACUGAGAUGACCAUUUUACACUGGCAAAGUGAAGCUCCAUAUUUCUGCUUGGAAGUACAUUUUUAGGUAUGAAAUGUGACAGGCUUUGACUCUGUUGUUAAAAAUUUAACGUCCCUGUGUUAAAAAUUAUUUCCUGUGGUAGGAUUGCAUUCCAUGUUAUGAAAUGGUAUGUGCUUAGCAUUCUCUUAGAGAUUAAAUUUUUUGUUAUAUAUUUUGCAUUAAAAUGUAUAGAAAAAAAUUGUAUAGGGAAGGAUGUAACCUAUAUCUUCAAUAUAAUAAGGAAAUUAAUAAUUAUUAAAAUUUGUGUUGAAACGGG